CUUCAUGACUUUACCACCCAGAAGCACGGGAGAUCCUAUAUUUAUAGGUUAAAUGCGAAACAAAAAUCUGGCUCCACGGUUGUUGUGCCGGGAAGCGGAGAGCGAACGCCACUUCCGAGGUAGUGACUACAAUUCCGAGUAGGCCACGCACACGCACGAAGGCGAUUCCCCUGCGUGCGCUCUGAUUGGUGGGGAGUGACGUCUGUCAGACUGCUGGUGGGCGGGCUGUUUCCGGCCUGAGGGUUGGAGCGCCUCUGAUGUCAGCGAGCUGAGAUGAGGAGGUAGGGUGGAGGGAGGAUUUACAGUGUCAGUGAGGCCCGCAGGGGAAGGUACGGCGUAGCUACACCAGUCAUGGAGCAGGAGUUCGCAGAGAUCGACAGAAACGGAAGCUGGUCGACGCUUUAUCAGUAUUUCCCAUUUUGCGAUUCCAGGAUAUCCGACAUCAAGCCAGUGACUUCCCCUGUAAAGUAGCCAAGCUUCCAGAAAAUAGAAAUCGGAACAGAUAUAGAGACGUCAGUCCAUUCGAUCACAGUCGAAUUAAGCUGCAGCAGGGUGAUAAUGAUUAUGUCAAUGCAAGCUUGAUUAAAAUGGAAGAGGCUCAAAGAAGUUACAUUUUGACUCAGGGACCUCUUCCAAAUACAUGUGGCCAUUUCUGGGAAAUGGUUUGGGAGCAAAAGUCUAGGGGAGUGGUCAUGCUGAACAGAUUAAUUGAAAAGGGAUCAGUAAAAUGUGCACAGUACUGGCCAAGUAAGGAAGAUGUGGACAUGAUAUUUCCAGACACUCAGUUCAAGUUAACAUUGAUUUCUGAAGAUGUAAAAUCAUACUACACAGUACGACAGUUGGAGGUUGAAAACCUUGCAACCAAAGAAACCAGGGAAAUUUUGCACUUUCAUUAUACCACAUGGCCUGAUUUUGGAGUUCCAGAAUCUCCUGCUUCAUUUCUUAACUUCCUUUUCAAAGUGAGGGAAUCUGGCUCGCUGAAUCCAGAGCAUGGACCCAUUACAGUCCAUUGCAGUGCAGGGAUAGGAAGAUCUGGCACUUUCUCACUGGUCGAUACAUGUCUUCUGCUGAUGGAUAAACGGAAAGAACCUUUAUCUGUGGAUGUUAAACAAGUUUUACUAGAGAUGAGAAAAUAUCGUAUGGGUCUCAUUCAAACAGCUGAUCAAAUGCGUUUCUCCUACAUGGCUAUUAUUGAAGGGGCAAAAUUCAUCAUGGGAGACCCCUCUGUACAAGAACAAUGGAAAGAGCUUUCCAAUGAAGACCUUGCACCACCACCAGAGCAUAGUCCUCCACCUCCGAGACCUCCAAAACGUGCAACAGAAACACCCAAUGGAAAAACGCCAGAUCAGAGGAUAUGUUUUACAGACCCAGAUGAGAGAACAUGUGAACAAAAAAUGGAAGAUAUCCCCGAUGGCAAAGUGAACCAACUUACAAAGUCGCAAGCAGAAAGUUCAGAACCAGAACUUCGGAAAAGGCACAUUGGAGAGAACGCAUCUCUGCCCAUACAGACAAGUGAACAGGAUAAUCCAGAAAGAAGUGAAAAGGACGAGGAGGUGGUGAAGGAGGAAAAUUCAUGGUUACUUUGGAAACCUUUUAUGGUUAAUGUAUGUGUACUCGCUGCUCUUACAGCUGGGGCUUACUUCUGCUAUAGGGCAUGCUUCCAUUGACAACUACCCUAGAGGAUAAUGUAUUAUACAGUAAAGCAUGUUUCAAAAAGCAAGAGGGUCCAUGUCUUAAGAAGCAAACAAUUUAUAAGACUGGAGCUUAUAAGGAUAAGAUGAUGAUGCACUAGGGUUUGUUAUAAUCCCUUGGUCCCAGGAGUAUAACAUUCAAAUCUCAGGGCCUUGAAUAUUCAGGAGAAAGCAGUAGAAAUGCCAAAUAAGGGUGGGUCAGGGUGUGUGUGUGUCUGUUUGUAUGUGUGUCUGUGUAGGGCCAGCUGGGGUGGUGGUGUACUUUGAGUUCUUUUAAUGUUCACCUUAGAGUUGUGUUCAAAAAAACAGACAUCCUUCAGCCCCAGUAUACUUAUUUCAUAAUUGCAAUGUUAAUGAUAAUUGUCAUUGGUUCAACUGGGGGGGAAAAUUCCAAUAUUAUAUUCUUGGGAAAUAAAAUGUAGCAUUUAUGUUAAACUUUUGCUUUCUUUACAGACACACUUCAAUAGUCAAAAAAUAUAUUUUUUCAUACCAUGUUUGGGCUUUGUCUGCUGUGAAAUUGCAUUAAUCUCAGCAAAGUUGUGACAUUACGUUGUUGCUUUUGUCAAAACAGUUCUGCUAAGAGGCUUCCACCACUGCUCAGGGUACUCUAGCAAAAUGGUUCUCGUCAACUGUUAACCAUUUUCUAUUAUACUUGCAAUAUUGCUUGCUCAAAGCAUUUGAAAGCAAAGUAAAUUAACUGGCUUCUAGUCUUUCCUUAUUUAGCUACCGUAAAAUAGGGAGGUGUAAUACAACAAAAUGCAAAUCAUUUCCACCAGCAUUUUUUACAGCUGCGCCACACAUAAAACUUAGACCAUCAAGUCUGCAACCAAGCAUUUUUCACUCCAUAUUUAUUUGUAACAGGUAUAGCUGCAUUUCACUUUUUUUUUAAACCAGUGUAUUGAAAGUAUAGCAUUUUUAAUCCGAGCUUUGUAUCAAGGGCUCAUAGAAAAGUAAAGUAAUAUACCUCAUGCCAGUACUGGAAGCUGAGCUCCACCUGCCCUGUAAAAUAUAGGGUGCCAGUACUUAAUCUGAGGAAAAAUUGUAAGUAGUCAGUAUAUAGUUCUGUUGUCUUGAGAAAAUAUGAAAAUUAGCCGUUUUUGGAUCAUGUAUAUCAAAAAUAUGGGGAAACUGAUAAUAUAUAAUAGUAGGAAAUAAGAGUGUGUAAGCUAUAGAAUUGCUUUGUUGAAUGAUUGUCAAUAGUCUGGAUGUCCAUUGUAUCCUGGCAGUUGGGUAUUAAACACCAAUCUGGUUGAAUGCAUGUAGAUUCCAGUACCAUCAUUAAAUAUGAAAUUGCUUGGAAGAUGAAAGAUGUACAUCCUAAUUACUACUGUGAACAUGAGUAGCAUAUGCUGAAAAUUAAUUGCAUGGUUAUUCUGGUUGGUAACGAUGCCAGUGGUUAUGAGACAGACACUGAAAAGUUAAAAUUUGUGAUUGAGUCCCAUGGUGGGUGUUUGUAUAAAAGCUAGAGUAUUUGUAUUUGAAUCUACCAUGGCAUGUGUGUAUUAGUGUAAUUGAGAUGUUUGCCACAUUUCAAGUACAUGAUGUGUAGUCCUGGCAUUCCUGAAUUGACCAUCAGGCUCGUUCACAUCUCACUUUUUAUUGUCUUAUGCAGACCAUAUUUCCACAAGUGUUGAAAUUUGGUGUACUAGAGGCAACCUUGAAGGUAAAUUUCUUCAGAUUUUUUUCAGUGACCUGCAAAUCGGAUUUCUCCCUCUAUUGUAUACAUUACCAAGUUUUUGGCUGAAACAUUGUGGUAAUGUUUCAAUUGGCUUAUUUCAAUCUUAAUCCUCAAUGUCGAAAUAUUACCACUCCAGCUUAAUGUGUGAGAAGUGAGCAGUGAAUGAACCCCGUGUUGCAGAAUUUUAAACUUAAAGACUCGUGUAUAAUGUUUUGUGUAUAUACAAUAAUGUUCAAAAAUAAGUGAUUUGGUAUACCUCUGAAAUGACAGACACUGCUAAAUAGCUGCUUUAAUGUAAACAAACUAUUAAGCUGCUCUGCUACAUGCCUUAAUUAAAAUUCUCCUUGGCUCUUGCUCUUUACAGAUGGUCAUACCAAUAAGAUAAUUGAACAGAUAAGUAAUUAGAUUGUGGUAUUAAACAUUUUGCACAUUUUGGUAUUAUGAACAGAUUGUGGACCAUUAAUAAAGUGUAAGUUUUCUACAAACAAAAACAUUUUGGUGAGCAUCAACUGUUCGGGAGUGUUUUAAUUGUAUGUUUUCUUUACAGUUGGAAAGGAAGUAUAGUGCACGAUAUAGCUUUUACUGCCAUUCAGUAGCAGCACUAUAUAAAUUCCCAAAUUCAUUGCCCCUCGUACUACUGUGCUUCUAGUAAGAUCUAAUAAAGCAGAGCAAAAGAUAUAGAGUUAUUCAGUAAUAUGCUUUGUAGUCUGAGUUGUUCCUAGCCACUUUUCUGUUGAUACUAAAAUCUGAUAAAUAGUGGGAGCUGAUCAGAAAAAUGGGUAUGGAAGUAUAUCUUGGCUUUAGUUUGGUGAUCAGUAUUUUUAACCCAAAAUUCAGUGGGGCCACCACUUCUGUGUGGUAAACAUUGUGGAAGCUGUAUAAUAAAAUCGUGCAUCAGCAUUCCUUUGAUAGAAUGGUAUUUUUAGUGUGAUAGGGUUCAUAUUCAUUAGACUGGGGUACCUAACCUAUUCAUUUCCUGAGGCUUUCAGAUGAAUGGAAACAAUUUUCCCAAACAUGAUGACUUAGUUUAUCACACUUUUUGUAUUCAUUCCAGUUGUUAAUCUGUAGAAGAUUGAUUUCAAUUUAGCUUCCCUGUGAAGUGGUACAUAAUUUACAUUAUCAAUGCAUGGAUUUCAAAUUGAGCUUUGUAUUGAAAUUAAAACUCUUACUUUCUCUCUGCUGAAUUAAACUUUUUGGUCAGUAGCAGCGGAAGUGACUUGUAACUCCAGAGUUUAACUUUCACAUCAACAAUCUAAUCAAGGAACAUUUUUGUAACAGAUACACUUUUGUUUAACAUAUAAUAUUCAGUUGCUCACUCUAUGUGCACACAGCUAACUGGAAGAUUAUUGUGCUGUUUAAAGUACAGGUGACUUGUAUGCCUUUCUUAACACUUGGAAAGCAUAUGUAGCUAUAUGUUUCUGACACAUGGUCUGGUAAAUGUGACCAGCUUCAGUUCAAGUUGACAGUAACAACAAUAUUGGAUAUCCUUUCAUUUAUGGGUGUUGCAUACAAUAGUAUUUUUUUCAAAUUAUAAUUAGUUUUUUUAUUUUUUAUUUUGUUAAAUGACUAUGGGAGGGAAAAUCUGUUCAGUAUUUUAUUUGUAUGGCCUUAAAGAUAAGACAGUUCUCAUGAUCAAUGUUAUUAAAAACUCUUGGUAGGAGCAGACAAAUGCAAAUGCUUUUAUUUCCUCUCUCGUUGUCUUCCCAGAAAUGUGAUUUUUUUUGUGUGUUUUAGAUGGUUAGCAACAAAUUCUAUAAGAUCACGCUAGUUUCCAUAAAUUUUCAGGGAUGUGUCUGACUUGACUGGAAUUAUUUUUGUUUUUAUUGAAUACUUUUGGACCAAAUAUGUACAACAAUUUUUUUUAGAAUGCCAACUCGUUUUUGAUGUGUGUGAUAUCUUGAGCACACAGUUUGUUUUUAUAAAAUUUCCAUGGAAUUCUAGGUUUUAAUUUAAAAUUACAAAUUAAUUGCUUGCACUAAGUGUUUAUCAACAGCAUAACUUCAAUCAAUUCAGUAGAACAAGAGUUUGAUCAUUGAAUGUUUCCUCCUAAGUGCAUUGUCAAUAACAUAGAUCCUAAAUGGCUUACUCCAAGGAUUAUGAAAUGCAAACUGUACACCAUUUUUACAGUCAGUUUAUUUUGUAAAUUACAGGUAAAGCACUUGGGAGUUAAAUGUUGCACUUUUCUGUACCUAAGAUCUUAAAAAAAAAUUGAGAUAUACUGAUUUUUUUUUACUUGAGCUGGUGUGAUCUUUUAACAUGUUCCUACUUGACUGUUUCACAUUUUUUAGCUUUUUUGUCACAAGUAGUAAACGGCUUUGUGUAUUUUACUUUUUGUAUAGUAUCUUGUAGACUAAGAAUAACUGUAUUGUUGCUAUUUUCUAGGCAGCAUUAGCUGUUCCUGCAUGUAUUAUGAUUUUCUACGGUUUUAUAUUGUUAAACCAUUUAUCUAAGAAGCAGGGUCUGGGGCUUUCAAGCAUUUACAGACUUUUGCAGAACCAUUUUCAAUUUUACAAGCUGGCUUACAAGUGCAUCACAAAUCAGCAUUUCAAAAUAAAAACAAUUUGAAAGUAAA